GUGUGUGUUGCACAACGUGCUACGCCCUCGAUACCAGCUGCAUUGCAAGUAACUCAAUCUCCCUUGCCCCCCCCCCUCAUUAAAGGAGAACGUACCCUACGACACUUUGCUCGCCCCGCUGUUCAACCCACUUGUCUAUUCCAACAAUCUUUCUUUUCUUUUUUUCCCUUUUCCCUUCCUUCGGUCUCCGCCUUCUGGUGAUCUACACGGAUAAAUAUCUCCGCACCUAAGCUAAUACUUUAUCUUAGUAUCCCACCCCCCCUCAUCCAGGAGCUUCUCUCCUCGAGCGAAUUAUCGGCAGCCAUGAGUAGCAAUCAAGAUCGAGACCGCGGUGCUUCCCCGAAUAGCAAUUAUCCCACUACUCCUGGUACCGCGUACCAGCAACCUUAUGGAGGGCAGCCGCCGCAGCAAGGAGGUUACUUCCCACAACAACAGCAGCAGUUCGGUAAUGCCCCGUUCAACAAUCCGCAGUAUCCUCCCCAACAGCAGCAGUAUCAGCAAUUUCAGACCCAGCAGCUUUAUCAGCAGCAAGGACAGGGCUAUGAUGCAAACGGGCUCGCACACCAGCUGCAAAAUCAGCAUUUGAGCGCACGCCAGGGCAAUCAGAACAAUCCGCCGGGUUCUCCACAGGGGCAGCGACCACGCACGGCGGGUUCUUUGCAAGCUUCCGGGAGCCUGAAAGAUGAUUACGUUGUUUUUCCCCGAGAUGAUAGCACUUUCAGUUCGUCUACGAGGGAGAGAGCCAAAGCACUCAAGGUCAAGGUGGAACUUCACUACAAUCAAAGUGUUGCAUAUGCCGUAGAGAGAAAUCAGAGGUGAGGCUCAAACAUUUUUCGGCAUAGCAGAUCCGGAGGUUGCAUUGAUCGUGCUUAACCAUCACUUGAAUAUCUUGUACUGACGAUUGCGAUCUACUUUUUGCAGACGUGUUGAGCUUGAGCAGGAUAUCCUGAGUGAAGGCAAGAUGUCCGAAGAACGAAAAAAACGUCGUCGUCAACAACUCGGGAAACAGGAGUCAUCAUUCCUACGGCUCCGGCGAAUGCGCCUUCAUGCCGAUGAUUUUGUAACUGUCAAGGUUAUUGGCAAGGGUGCAUUUGGCGAAGUUCGUCUGGUCCAGAAGCGAGACACGGGAAAAAUUUAUGCGAUGAAGACUUUACUCAAGUCUGAAAUGUUCAAAAAAGAUCAAUUAGCGCAUGUGAAGGCUGAGAGAGACGUUCUGGCUGAUUCUGAUUCCCCAUGGGUGGUCAAUUUGUUCUACUCUUUCCAGGACGCUGUAUAUCUGUACUUGAUCAUGGAGUUCUUGCCCGGCGGUGAUUUGAUGACUAUGCUCAUUAAAUACGAAAUAUUUAGCGAGGAUAUUACAAGAUUUUAUAUGGCUCAAUGUGUUCUGGCGAUUGAGGCUGUUCACAAACUUGGCUUUAUUCAUCGGUAUGUCUUUUUUUCAUAGCCAUAGAGUUCUUGCACUUACUUUCUUAGUGAUAUCAAACCGGAUAAUAUUCUCAUUGACAAAGAUGGGCAUAUAAAGCUGUCGGAUUUUGGCCUUUCAACUGGUUUUCAUAAGACCCAUGACCAAAAGUACUAUCAACGUUUGUUGGAAGGAAGUUCCAAUACUCCCGAGACUUCAAACAACCGUGCCCGCAACUCCGUCAUGGUCGAUGCUAUUCACCUUACCGUCUCAAAUCGCAAUCAGAUCAAUACUUGGAGGAAAUCUCGUAGACUUAUGGCGUACUCCACAGUUGGAACCCCCGAUUACAUUGCACCAGAAAUUUUCCUUAACAAAGGGUACGGCCAAGAAUGUGAUUGGUGGAGCUUGGGAACAAUUAUGUUUGAAUGUUUGGUUGGAUGGCCACCCUUUUGUGCCGAGGACGCCCACGAGACUUAUAGGAAAAUUGUCAACUGGCAGUCCCAACUUUACUUUCCAGAAGAGAUCAUCCUCAGCCCGGAGGCGGAGGAUUUAAUCAGAGGGCUGAUUACCUCGGCGGAUAAGAGAUUGGGAAAGCGCGGUGCAGACGAGAUUAAGGCACAUCCCUUUUUCAAUGGCGUGAAUUGGGACAGCUUAAGGUCGAUUGAGGCACCAUUUAAGCCCAAUUUGUCGUCCAUUACCGACACGUCGUAAGUCUUAUUCUUAUUCUUGACUUCUAAAAAUUGUCAAGGAUUUAGGCAGAGUGCUAAUACUACCCCUCAAUAGCUAUUUCCCGACUGAGGAGUUAGAGAAUGUACCAACCGCCCCUGCGCUUGCGGCUGUCAUGGCUGAGGGAAGUUCACAGCCAUUGGCAAUUGGGGAGGAGACUGGUUUGCCAUUCAUCGGUUACACUUACAAGAGAUUGUAUACCAUCCAUCUCCCUGUAUAUCCAUCCUUCUCUGUGAUUCUAACUUGCGUCUAGCGAACAUCUCAGGAAGAGCGGUGGCCUCUAACCUUCAGAUUGCUUGCCCUUUUCGAAUAUUUAAUUCAUCCUCAACUCCUUACCCAUGUGCUCUAUUCAUGCAUGCAUCCUUUCUAAGACAGCUCCUUACACCCAAUUACCAUAUUUUUCUUUUCUUUUUCUAUCCUAAAAUUCUUUCGAGCUUCUAGUCCAUGUUUUCCAUAGUUUGGACUUUUCAUGCUUGUAUGGUUUAUGAUGGUUACUACCUUAUAAUGUUGGUAGGCAGAGCCCAAACGAGAGCUUGUGGUGAAUAACGGUAUCUUGCAUUGGGAUAUUUCCUGACCCUAGUUCCCCCCCCCCUUUUUUUUUUCUUAAGAGAAAGGAAAGAAAAGUGGGUGAUGGUGGUGGUGAGAUAUAGGUAGGUGCUGCUCGAUGGGAUUUCCGAAAUGAAAAAGGAUAAAAAAAAAAAAAAGACUGGUGUUUAAGUGGCUAUACUAAGAGAAGGAAAACACGGUGUUAUCUGUUGGACCACAAAUGGCCAGGUGUUGGAUGGUUCUGUUGUGUAGAGUUCAGUGAGAUAUAGUCUUACGGUAACUGAGACGUUGCUUUACCAGAGCCGUCGUUGUUUCCCGGGAGCGUGUGUGCUGUUACUUGUAUAUCUUGUAUAUCGUCAUUAAUUAGGUUGGUUUAUAGAGAUCUUCCUCUACCGUGAGACCGCCCGCGAGUUUAUAACCUAUGGAGGCACUCCUUAAACUAUGGCGAGCGAAAUUAGAUAUAGCAUGGAGUACAUUCCUUGUGCGGAGGUCCAAGUGGGACGUUCUCUUGGCUCAUUUUCUUUCCUGUGCUAUCAAUCAUUUCCGAAGAUAAAAGCAAGCGAGUUGGUUCUUCCAUAUGAUUCACUAUUCACCCUGCAGAGG